AUGUCAAGCAAUUCCAGUGAUCGUAUUAGGACUGCUGCUCAUUGGGUGUGCAAAGAGGUCUACGAUCUAGACAAUAUAGUUACUAAAAAUAAUGUCUUAUUAAAUUAUGCGAUAGCUUUAAUGGAAAUGGCUGCAGCUGAUGGUAUUCUGAGUGAGGCCGAACGUCAAUGGGUAAUAGGUUUUGCUAAUGCUACAGCUCCACAAGAGGAGUUAGACCAACUUCGAAAUUAUCAACCAAAAGGUAUGGAAGGUGUACUAAAAACUUUUCAUAUUGAGAGUGGCCAUGCUCAUGGAGAACAAGGUCGAUUGUCUUUAAUCUACGAUGGACUUUGA